AUGGCUAGAUGGCAAAUCUUACUCUCCGAGUUCGAUAUAGUAUAUGUAAGUCAGAAGGCCAUCAAAGGGAGUGCCAUAGAAGAUUUCUUGGCUAGCAGAGCUUUAGAAGAUUAUGGACCGCUGGACUUUGACUUCCCGAAUGAAGACUUGAUGUAUGUGGUAAAUACUGAAGAGGGUCUCCAAGAAAAUCAAUCUUGGAAGUUAAACUUUGACGGGGCUUCGAAUGCGUUAGGCAAUGGGAUUGGGGCAAUUUUGGUAUCUCCAAAUGGAGAUAAUUAUCCUUUCUCCAGUAAAUUGGACUUCGAUUGCACUAAUAACAUGGCUGAGUAUGAAGCUUGCAUCAUGGGUAUCCAAGUAGCCAUAGAACGGAAAAUUAAGAUAUUAGAAGUAUAUGGAGACUCGACAUUGGUAAUAUACCAAUUAAAAUGGGAAUGGGAAACGAGAGACCCCAAGUUGAUCCGUUAUCGGAGAUUGGUUCUGGAAUUGAUUGAAGAUAUUGAAGAAGUGGAGAAUGAUAAUCGUCUCUGGUACCAAGACAUAUUGCUAUAUGUGAAGAAUUGCGAAUAUCAUGAUCAGGCAACAGAGAAUGAUAAGAGGACAUUGAGGAGACUAACUAUUGACUAUAUUUUAUAUGGAGAGAUUCUAUACAAAAGGGGAAAUGAUCGAGUACUGUUGAGGUGCGUGGAUGCUGGAAUCUAUGAUGGGCUGAUGCAAGCUUGGAAUAUGGGUGCACGGAGGAUCACUCUGGAAAUAGACAGCUUAGUGGUUGUUCGACUAAUUAAUGGAGAAAUCAGGGGUGAUAGUAGCAAUGCCAUAUUGCGAGAUAUAUGGAAGUUGUUUGCACCGGGACUGGUUGUUAAGGGUAUCUCAUGUUCAGGGUCAUGGCAAUAG